AUGGCGAACGACAGCCCCGUCCAUUUCUUUGACAUCACCUCUAAACUCCUAAUCCCUUUCAAAUCCUGGUCCCCCAAUACCCUCCGCACCCGCCUCGUCCUCAACUACAAGAAGAUCCCCUACACCCAAUCCUUCAUCUCCUACCCAGACAUCGCGCCCUUAUUGCAAUCACUCUCCGUCCCGCCCCUCCCCGGCAGCACCAACUUCCUCCCGUACCCCUUACCCGCCAUCGCCCACCCAGCCACCCUCGCCCACCCCACCGCCAACCCCCACGGCGUCAUGAACGACAGCUGGCCCAUCGCCCUGCACCUAGAAGGGGCGUUUCCGGCUCCUGACCACCCUACCCUCUUCCCCUCAGCCGGCAGCCACGCGCUCGCGCUCGCGGUGAUGAAGCUCGUCAGCGCCCUGGUGCCCGCGACGCGGCGGAUCCUGGUGCCGCAGAUCCCCGCGCUCCUCGACGAGCGGGGCGCGGCGUAUUUCCGGCGGACGCGGGAGGAGAUGUUCGGGGUGACGCUGGAGGCGAUGGCGGGGGAUAAGCGCGGAGUGGGGCAGGCGUGGGAGAGCGUGGAGGCGGAUGUGGAGGUUGUGCGGCAGAUGUUGAGGGGCCGCGGGGGCCCGUUCUUCGAGGGCGCGGAGGCCGGGUAUGCGGAUUUUGUGUUUGUGGCUUUUUUGACGUGGUAUGAGCGCGGGGAUCGGGUGGCGUGGGAGCGGGUGGUUGGUGGCGGGGAUGGUGAGAUUAGGCGGUUGUGGGAGGCGUGCUUGCCGUGGAUUGAGGGGCAGGGGGUGGAGAGGGAGUAUGUGGUUGGGAUGUAG